CGUUGCUGGACCUCGAGGUCCCAGCGGACCGCCGGGAGCCCCUGGACCGCAGGGUAUACCGGGACCUAGAGGUGAACCUGGUGACCCAGGCCCUCCUGGUGCCGCAGGUAGUCGAGGCAGCCCAGGCCCUCCUGGACCCCCUGGCCCUGAGGGAGAAAAUGGAAGAAAUGGACAAUCUGGCCCAGCAGGACCACCUGGUCCUAGGGGCCUCUCUGGCGCCAAUGGAAUGCCAGGUUUGCCUGGCCAGAAAGGUCACCGAGGUUUUAAUGGAUUCCCAGGCAAGAGAGGAGGAGACGGCCAAACUGGAGAGCCUGGCGACUCUGGACCCCCUGGUGCUCCAGGACCUGACGGACCUCAGGGAGCACGGGGCUCACCUGGUGAAAGAGGAGAAGAUGGUUCUAAUGGUGCUCCACAAGGCCCUAAAGGUGAUUCUGGUGCCCCUGGGUCCAAGGGAUCUCUUGGAGCUCAAGGACUCAGAGGGGAGAAUGGUGUAGCUGGGAUACCUGGAGAACCCGGCCGGCCUGGACCUCCUGGACUUCCAGGCUCUUCUGGAGAAGAAGGUCCUCUUGGUGACCCAGGUCCUGUAGGAAGUCCUGGAUUCCCAGGAAACAGAGGUCCUACUGGUCCUAACGGAGCCCCGGGUGCACCAGGAGCUAAGGGAACAGCUGGUGAACCUGGCAACCCGGGUUACAAAGGUGCACCAGGUGAGAAAGGUGGACCUGGCAGUGUUGGUGAAAUUGGUCGACCCGGUCCUCCUGGCCCAGCAGGAACUAGGGGAAAUCCAGGCAAUCGUGGAACACCCGGACAGUCAGGAGAGCCAGGUCCUAGAGGAAUAGAUGGGGUAGAUGGUGAAAGAGGUCCUCGGGGUGAGCCAGGAGCAACUGGAGAAACUGGACGUCCAGGGCCUCCAGGAUUACCUGGUGAAGCUGGACUCCCAGGAAGUGAUGGUCGCCCAGGAGAAGUUGGACCUCCAGGUGGCCCAGGUGUGGGUGGCCAGCAAGGAAUUCAGGGACCCCCUGGUGAAAGAGGUGCCCCAGGUAAAGAUGGUCCUGCUGGGACACCUGGACAAAGAGGCCCACCAGGUGAUGCAGGAUCUCAAGGCGAGAGAGCAGGACCUAACGGUUUCCAAGGAGCCCCUGGGCCACAAGGAAUACCUGGUGAAUCAGGACGUGAUGGGGAACCAGGCAUCUCUGGAGAGCCAGGACCCCCCGGAAGAGCCGGACUUGCUGGUGAGCGGGGUUUCCCAGGACCUCGAGGAACUGCAGGUCCACCUGGAGAAAGUGGGGAGCCUGGUGGUUCAGGACCACCUGGCCCAGAUGGUCUAAGAGGUUUCCCGGGUGAAAUUGGAGGUCCAGGUGAGGUAGGACCACCAGGAGCUGCAGUAAGUCCCAGUGGACUGGUGGGGCCGCCAGGACCUGCAGGUCCUAGAGGACAACCUGGUCCCCCUGGAGAACAAGGCUACCCCGGUCAAGGCGGCCCACCAGGAUCACCUGGACGAAAGGGUGAAUCAGGAGUACCAGGUGUUAAGGGAGAAACAGGAGAGGAUGGACCACCAGGUGAAGCUGGAAAACCAGGCAGACAGGGAGACACUGGGCUGGCUGGACGUCGUGGUCCCAACGGAGAACCAGGCAUACCUGGAAUUCCUGGAGAAAUUGGAACUGAUGGCAGGCCAGGACCACCUGGACCUCCUGGCCCUCAAGGUCCAACCGGGCCACCUGGCCAGUCAGGUCCUGUAGGCAUUAAGGGAUCAAUUGGUGAGACUGGUCGCCCAGGACGACCGGGAACCAAUGGUGCACCUGGACAACCUGGCACCCCAGGAAACAAAGGACUUCGUGGAGAGACGGGAGAUGUGGGACCUGAAGGACCCAAUGGACCUCCUGGACCCCAGGGUCCAAGAGGGGAGAGUGGUGUUCCAGGAGUGCCCGGAGAAACGGGACCUACAGGCCCGCCUGGACCAAAUGGGCCACGGGGUGCUCCAGGAAGAAAUGGUAAGGGUGGCAAGCCAGGUGAUAUCGGGGUACCCGGACCCCAGGGACCCACAGGCGAACCCGGGUCUCCAGGCCAGCCAGGCAGCCCUGGAUCUGCAGGAACUCCAGGCAGUCCAGGAGAAAGAGGACCUGAUGGGGAGCUGGGACUACCUGGAGGUCCAGGCAGCCCUGGUGCACAAGGACUAACGGGAUCAACAGGAAGUCCUGGACCUAGUGGGGACCGGGGACCUCGGGGCCUCAAGGGCCCCGUGGGUGAAGACGGAGAACCUGGAGAUAACGGAGACAAGGGUGACCCAGGAUGGCCAGGCCUGCCAGGUCUGGACGGCCCAGAGGGUCCUGAUGGCCCGAGAGGCCCACUUGGUCCUGAUGGUGAAGAUGGACCAGAGGGACCCCCUGGACCUGUUGGACCUCGAGGACCUGCUGGAGAGGAUGGACGAAGGGGACCCCCAGGGCAGUCUGUGUAUGCGUCUGCCAUUCAGAGAUGGACCAAUGGGGGAGGCUAUAAGGGUGAAGAUGGCUACCAGGUGAGAUGCACAGAAAGCCUGGAAACCCUUGAACAGGUCACAGAGGAGAUUGUGAAGGUGACGAAGCCAACAGGACAGAGAGAUGCUCCAGGUAAAACUUGCAAGGAGAUUGCUGCUGCAUCUGACAAGAAACUCAAAAGCGGCAUGUACUGGAUUGAUCCUAACGGUGGAGCUACAUCAGAUGCCUUCCAGGUCUUCUGCAGAUUUGCUGACAGUGUGGAGAAAGCACAAACAUGUUUAGUUCCCUAUUCUGAACAG